AUGUCCGGCGUUUGGGUAUUCAAGAAUAAUGGGGUGAUACGCUUGGUUGAAAAUCCUGGAGCCGAGGAAGAGGGCAAUAAUAGCGCCGGUAGUUCAAGGAGAAAGGUUUUGGUACACUUGCCAACAAACGAGGUAGUGGCAUCGUAUAAAUCUCUUGACCAAAUUUUGACUGGCUUGGGUUGGGAGAGGUAUUAUGGAGGUGAUCCGCAGCUCCUCCAAUAUCACAAACAUUCUUCGAUUGAUCUCAUUUCUCUACCAAGAGACUUUUCAAAAUUCAACUCAAUUUACAUGUACGAUAUCGUUGUUAAGAAUCCGAAUAUCUUCCACGUCCGUGACAUGUAG